AUGCGGGUUCGCGAGGAACAAAGAAGGCGAGUACUAUAUUUACAUAUCGCUUCAAAGAAUCGGAGAAUUAAGCCCGCUAGUGCCCGCAUCAUCCCUGCAAAUGCGACUCGACUUCAUCCCUGGCAAACAGCGCGUUCGAGAAAACACCACCAUCCUCGACGUCAACAUCAUCGCCGUCAUAUUACUUCAAUCUCAACAGCACCAAUCGCACAAUCGACUACAUCAAGGCGACCUAGCGAUCCUGCUGAACCUGACAGAAAGGAAAAUCACACAUAUACAGCUAUGGCAGACUACAGCGCCCAGAAGGUACCCGACCUCAAGAAGCUCCUGAGUGAGCGCGGUCUCGUCAUUUCUGGCAACAAGGCAGACCUCAUCGCGCGAUUGCAAGAGGAUGAUGCGAAGAAGAAUGGCGGUGCUACUGCUUCUGGCGCAGGAGAAGAUGAAAUCGACUGGGACGAGGACGAUCACAAACCCGCAGCUGAAGCUACAACAGCGCCAGCAGCUGCUGCGAUCGCAACUGGUGGAGUCGGGCAGGUGAAGACUCCAAUUGCGGUCCCAAACCAAAAGGCUGCGAUCGACCCAUCGACCACGAAUGACUUGAAAGUCAAGCAACCCGAACCAGCAAAGACCGAAAGUGCGCCUGCGCCAGCUGCAGAUGCUGAGGGAGAGAAGGAGGUAGAGGCGAAGCCAGAGGAGCCAAAGAAGGACUACACAAUCGGCCUAGGCUUGAGUGAAGCAGAGAAGGAAGCAGAGAAACGCGCCGCAAGAGCGAAGCGCUUCGCACGUCCAGAAGCGGCUGCGCCUACCAAGGAGAUGACAGAAGAGGAGAAGAAACUCGAGGAGCGCGCGAAGAAGUUCGGGACAGACAAGGUCAAGGAGAAAGAGGUCGUUGAGGAUAUCGUGAAGGGACUGAACAGUGCGCUGCCAGAGCGGAAGUUGAAGAGGGAUCGAGGAGGAGAAGGCGCGCAAGGUAGACAGGCCAAGCGACAGACACCGGACAGGAGGACGGAGGCUCCAAGACGAGGCGGUGGUGGCGGUGGGCAGGGUCAGAGAGGUGGUGGACGAGGUGGAGAGCGAAAGACUGGAGGUGCAGCUGCUGGGCAGGGCCUAAAGAAGAUCACCGAUGAUCCGGAGGAGAGAGCUAAGGCUGAGGCGCGGGCAAAGAGAUUUGCUGCUGCAAAGUGA